AUGGGGAGUGACUGGGUGCCGGCAGGCGAGCGGGGGCUUUGGAAACGCGAAGGGACUCCGUGGCUGUGUUCCCGGGAAGGGCAGCUCUACUUCGAGGCCUUCCUGCCGGGCGUGACCCAGCCAGCCAGUCGCGUGUUGGGCAUGAAGGACUGCGUCUGCCAGACAGAUGAAAAUGAGAUGGAAAAGAACGGGAGCGCGGCGGAGAAGACCUCCAGCCUAGGAGUUGAAGCUGUUUUCGGGACAUCCACGAUGCAGGGAGUUCGGGAGCAGCAGGAAGACCGGUUUGCCGUAUUGGCCGAGAGCUUUCUGCCGUCAGCGGACGUCAGGUCUUCCGCUGUCUUGGUGGCAGACGGCCACGUGGGGGCGACCACGGCCGAAUUCGUGGCAGACCGACUGCCUUUGGAGCUGAAGCGGUGCAUCCAGAAGCUUCUCGCCACGGCCCCCACGGCCACGCCCAAAAAGCGAGCGCUGCAGAUACCGCCGUCCGAUCCGUCGUGCCGGAAGUUGUUCAAAAGCGAGCAUGUGCCGAACGACGCCGACCGGCGCCAGGCGGCCAGUGCUGCGGCCGCGGGCGACCAGCCUGUCAGUGACACUCCGGCUCGAACAGUUCCUGUCGGCGUGUGCAGUUGUGAGUACUCUGGAGAAUACGGUUGCGACGGCGAGAAUUGCAGGCCUGCUGGGCACCCGACAUCAGCUGUGGAUCCGGUUCGAGGUGUGGACCGAGACGGGAGUGAGGACCACCACACUGGAGACGGGGAUAAGGCGGAAGGGGAUAAGGCGGAAGUUGCGCCUGGAGAGAGCGAAAAUCAAAACAUUGGGGGAGCCAGUGGCGAAGUGUUGCGGGACAGUUUGCAGGCCGAUCCGGUAGAAGACCUGUCGUCGAAAUACCUGUCGCCGGCCGCUGACAUUUUCGGCAAGUUGAGGGAGUGUGUAAAAGAUUGCUAUCUCAAGGUAGACUGUGAGUUCCUUCGGCUGUUCCGGACAUCCAGGGCGGGAGCCACUUGUGCCACGGCUGUCAUCCUGGGGGACGUCAUGGCCGUCGCAAACGUGGGCGACACGCGCGUCGUCCUAGUCAAGAAAGAAGGACACGGAAAACUUGUAAGGCUCGUGCACACCAUCGACUCACGCUAA